AGUCACACGACUUGUAUACUAAUAUUAUGAUUAAGAACGAAUUAUAAUUUACGAGUGAAAGUUUAUCAAUUUCUAAUUCAAUUUUUAUAGGGUCGGUUAGGUUCUGUAUAGAUUUCGAGACUGCCGUACAUCUCAAAUGACGGCCAUUAGUCUUAUCUGUUUGGUGAAUUGUACGUGUCCGAGAAUGACAUAAAGAUUGUCGAAUGGAAAGCGGCCUUGCCGCCAGGCACGACUCGUUCUUGAAUCCCCGACAUUUUCACCAACAAUCACCUCCAUAUCGAUAUUUAUCGGUAUUAGAAUUAUUUUCAACGUAAAUUAGAGUUGCAGUUUUACGAAAAUCAUCUAGAAAUACUAGUUUCGAUAAUCUAAUUAUCAUCUUCAGACACGGGAAUAGGAAUAGUCGAAAGACUAUAGCGUAGGUCUAAGAAAUCAUUAUCGAGUAUAGAAAUUUAGUUUCCAUCUCAUCGUAGACUAUUCGGGGGUCAAUAGUUUGUGUGUACGAUUAUAAUAAAGUGAUAAAACAAGACUGAUGCCCCUGAGAACGUUUUCAAGGGUGAUAAACUCAUUAAGAACGAGUAAACAAUGUCGAAAUAAUCGACUAUAAAAUCGUAUGCGAAAACUUUGAUCGAAUCACAAAUCGAUUAGUUCGCAAAGAUGAAGGUACCGAUAUUACUUUGUUUGGUAACGGUUUGCGUUACUUUACCUACCGCCGGUAGACGUAUCGGUCUGAAGAAUGGGGUAAUAACAAUUACUUCGCCGAAAUAUCAGCUUUCCAUUACGAGAUCGAACGAUAUAAGAAAAAUGGACGUUUUCUACGAGAAUUCCGAUGGAAUGAAAGGCGAAUUUCGAAUAAACGAACCUUCGAAAUCGACGAACAUCCUAGGGGAUGAUUACGCUCAAUACGAUAUUGUCGAAAAUAUAUUCGGUAGAUACGAAGGUACCGUAGACGAUGUUACGUACAACAAAAUUCUCGAUGUAAUCGAAAGUUUCGUUCAAAAAAAAAUGUUGAACGAAAAUAUGUUGGAAAUUUUGAAACAUGUAGAAUCGCCCGACUAUAUGCGAGAACUGUUUAAAACCGAUUCUAUUAUACCGAAAAUUAUGGUUAACGACGUUGUUAUACCAACGAAAGACGGAAUCGCACGCAUGCGUGAAUUAAGUGCCGUUCUUUCGGCCGGAGAAGCCGAAAACGUACAAGGAAACAACAUCGGAAAAUUCGCGGUAGUUCCUCUUCGAAAAGAAACCUCGCCGAGAUUUAUCGCGUCUCAGAAAUACUCAUCUACGGAAGGCGUUACCCCCGCGCGAUAUUUCCAAAUGCAACUCGAUUUGAUGAAUUCGGAAUCAAACUACCCGUCUAGAUACGAAACCGAUUACUACCGAUUUGAUUCGAUGAUGGACGGACCGCGAGAUAUGAUGUACCGACGAUACACGUCCCCGGGUUAUUUACAAAGAUAUCCGGAGAUGUACGAACAGCACAGACAAAGUUAUAUGACACCGAUGAGUAGUUUCUGGGAAAAAGUUAUGGGAGAACCUCGAUAUCGUUAUGAUUUUCCCGAAAUGCAACAACGUGCGGCACCUCAAAUUUGGACGUAUCAAUAUCCGAUUACGAAACACUAUAUGACACCAAAAGAAACAGGAGAAUUGUUAUUAGAUAAAGAUAACGAAAGAAUGAUGACAUCUGAAAUGGCGCUACAAAUGAUGAACCAGAGAAUGAUGGAGCAACGGAUGAUGUACCAAGAUAUGAUGGAGGACGUUAAAUAUCAACCGAGAAGUAUGUUUAUGAUGGGAGAACAACGACCAGUACCGAUACAAUAUGCUUGAAUGUAUUUAAUACUCUGAUAUCAUUUUAUCUAUUUUAUUUUAAUAAAAAUAUCUUUUCAAACAAA